AUGAGCCAUCAAACUGGAGGUGACGUGCAGGAUGAUCGUAAAGACGCAGACCAACCUCUCUUGAAGAUUCAAGCCCUCUUAGAGGAGAUGUUCUCAGACAGUCAUCUGGCAGAGGACGGCUUCCUCCUCAAACAUGUGCAGAAAAACCGGCAGGGCUACGUCAGUCUCAAGCUCCUGACCUCCUGGAAAAAGAUAAAGGCCGUGACCACAAACUGGCACAUGAUUCUGGCUGCAGCGGUGAAGUCAGACCUCCUGGAGCUGAACACUGAAUGCACUAAAGUGAGGCGCAAACAGCCGCUUCCCAAAUGGCUGCAGCGUUCCCCCACCACAAGGCUUCUCCUCGCCUGGAACAUCACUGAAGGCCAGCGUGGAGAACGUGAGGCGGCCCAAGGCCUCGGGCACGCCGCUCUCUCUGAACGCAUCCUGCAGAGGUUCAAGGUUCACGGCGACGUCUCAUCAGUCUGGAUCCUGCAUCCCGGGGAAGAGCUUCCGAAGCAGCUGCAGUGCUACGCCAAAAAUCACAAGGAACUUGGACUAUAUUUAUGCGCGGUAGUCAAGUUUGAUAGCUUGGAGGCUACGCGUCAGGCCUGGAACGCCCUGGGAGCAGAAGACCAGAGCCGUGAUGAGAAGGACAUGUGUCUAGUGCCUUUGGGAUUCUGGCAAAAACAUCAAAUUAUCAAUAAUCAACCCUCAGAAGACCAAAACAACAACCAGUCUGGAGAGGGGACAUCACCUAAAGAGAACCCUAUUGGCGGCUCUGGGGUCGUCAUCCAACCAGAGGUUGAUCACUGCCGACGGACGCUGGGAAACUUCUUACCCCAAGCCGGUGACUUUCAGCCUGUGAACCACAAGACCAAGUGCUGCCCAUGGGUGCUCAUGCACAAAUUCGAAGCCACUGUAUUAAAAGCCAAGAUGGCCGCGCACCCAACCGUACGCUCCUCCAUCCUGAGAGUUCUGCGUCAGCCUUUCGGGCCUGAUGGGACCAGGGGGUUUCGAGGCCGAGGGAUGCCGCUGCAGCCCAAAGUGUUCAACUCCCUGGGAUAA